AUGGUCAAGGAGGAACGUGUUCAUAGAACACUGGUGUUCUUGGUGCUCUGUGUGCUCUUUAGACUCACCUGCAAGCUCCAGAGGCUGAGAUUUGAAGGGGUUCACAAGAUCUUUGAAGGAUGCGGCUCCGACGCCAGUCUCAUAUUCGGGGAACAUGUGAGGAUCAGGAAGCAGUUGUGGCUCACAAGCCAUAGAUACAGGUUCUUCAUCAUUGGCUGCUUGGUCACCAUCACUGUUAGCCAGUUGGGUGCUCUCUUGCUCGUUCUUGCUUCUAAAUCUGACAAGACCUUCUUCAAUUUUGGAGAUCUUCUGGUAUGUUCAGCAGUGCAGUUGAGUGGGUUCAUGCUGUGCCUGGUGGGUGCUGCAAGAAUCACACACAGAGCUCAAGGGAUAGUGGCAAUAGCCACAAGAUGGCACUUGUUAAUAACUGAGCAUGCAAUUUAUACAAUAAUGACAUACUUGCAGCAUAACAAAGGGGGAAUAACGCUCUAUGGGUUUACACUUGACAGAGGAUUGCUCCAUACUCUUUUUGCCUUUGAGUUGUCUCUGGUACUUUGGAUUCUGAGUAAGGUGGUUGUGUUGUCUUAA